AUGGCCUCCAGGACGGAUGCCAAGUCAGUGACCGGAAAUGGCCCCAGGACCUCCACCCCGACUCUUCCCAUCUGGGGCCCCCACCAGGUACUGUCGAGGAGGAGCGCUGGGUCGGUCAACAGCCAGGCCAAUGUAACUGCCCCCGGAGGAGAGGCAGGGUCAGGGCAGUUCCCCGUAGUGCCCCGCCCUCACCGAGCCGUGGACAAUCUAGAGGACCUGCGGAUGAAGCACACGAGGCAGCAGCACCCCUUACCCCUGAGGUCCUGCGACCUCCGGUACACCCCCCCAUCGUGGAGCAUGACGCAGCCCGUUGGGAGUGCCAGCCCCUCAGCCCAGUGCCAGGGUGCCGUCGGCCUGCUGCUGCUUCUGCUCCAACUGGGGCGCGGUCAGCGGGAGCCACCCCCUCUGCAUCGCCAGUGGACUGGACAGCCGUCACCGUCGGGGACACGUAGCCCCGCUCUGUCGGGGACCCGUGGUGAGGCCUCCCGCGCGAUGCUGGGCGUCAAAGUCACACUCCUGAAGAGCCUCCAGCCAUCGGGCCGACUGGCCCCCGGGCUGCUUGAGGAUCAGGAGCCAGGAGGGGAGCAUGGUCGUCAGAAGUUGGCACUGGGCGAGCCCCAGCUGGCCCAGCCGGAGCACGCACACUCCAUCCGGCUGGACGGUGACAUCAUUCUGGGCGGGCUGUUCCCCGUGCACGCCCGGGGCGAGCGCGGCGUGCCGUGCGGUGAGCUGAAGAAGGAGAAGGGCAUCCACCGGCUGGAGGCCAUGUUGUUCGCCAUCGACCUCAUCAACAAGGACCCGGACCUGCUGCCCAACGUCACGCUGGGCGCCCGCGUCCUGGACACCUGCUCGCGGGACACCUACGCCCUGGAGCAGUCGCUCACCUUCGUCCAGGCGCUGAUAGAGCGAGACGGGUCCGACGUGCGCUGCGCCAACGGAGACCCGCCCAUCUUCGCCAAGCCCGACAAGGUGGUGGGCGUGAUCGGGGCGGCGGCCAGCUCGGUGUCCAUCAUGGUGGCCAACAUCCUCCGCCUGUUCAAGAUCCCUCAGGUGAGCUACGCGUCCACUGCUCCGGAGUUGAGUGACAACGUGCGCUACGACUUCUUCUCACGAGUGGUUCCUCCAGACUCCUACCAGGCCCAGGCCAUGAUGGACAUCGUCACGGCGAUGGGGUGGAACUACGUCUCCACGCUGGCCUCCGAGGGGAACUACGGAGAGAGUGGGGUCGAGGCCUUCAUCCACAUCUCCAGAGAAUCAGGUGGGGUGUGUAUAGCCCAGUCUGUGAAGGUCCCCAGGGAGCCGCGACCAGGAGAGUUUGAUAAGACCAUCCAGCGGCUGAUGGAGACCCCCAACGCCCGCGCUGUCAUCAUGUUCGCCAAUGAGGACGACAUCCGACGCAUCCUGGACGCGGCCAAAAGGAACAACCAGUCGGGUCACUUUCUGUGGGUAGGCUCGGACAGCUGGGGCUCCAAGAUCUCACCGGUGGUCGGGCAGGAGAAGGCUGCUGAGGGGGCUAUCACCAUCCUGCCAAAGAGAGCCUCAGUGGAUGCGUUCGAUCGCUACUUCAGGAGCCGCUCUCUCUCCAACAACCGCCGGAACGUCUGGUUUGCAGAAUUCUGGGAGGAGAAUUUUGGAUGCAAGCUUGGGAUGCACGGCAAGAAGCCCGGAAGUCCUAAGAAAUGUACAGGGCUGGAGAAGGUGGGCCGGGACUCCACGUACGAGCAGGAAGGGAAGGUGCAGUUCGUAAUGGACGCCGUCUACGCGGUGGCCCACGCGCUGCACCGGAUGCAUCGGGACCGCUGCUCCGGGCCCGGCCUCUGCGCCGCCAUGGCCAACAUGGACGGCAAGGAGCUGCUCUCCUUCAUCCGGGCGGUGAACUUCAACGGAAGUGCCGGGACACCUGUCACUUUCAACGAGAACGGUGACGCCCCCGGACGUUAUGACAUCUUCCAAUACCAGAUCAAUAACCAAUCGACAACAGAGUACAAGGUGAUCGGUCAAUGGACCAACCAGCUGCAUCUCAACAUGGAGGCGCUGCAGUGGGCCAGCGGUGACUGGUCGCUGCCCGGCUCGGUGUGCAGCCUGCCCUGCCGGACCGGCGAGAGGAAGAAGGUGGUGAAGGGCGCCCCAUGCUGCUGGCACUGCGAGCGCUGCGAGGGCUACCACUUCCAGGCCAGCCAGUUCACCUGCGAGCUGUGCUCCUACGAGCAGCGGCCGGACCACAACCGCACGGGCUGCCAGCCCAUCCCCAUCGUCAAGCUGGAGUGGAGCUCCCCCUGGGCCGUGGUGCCCGUCUUCAUCUCCGUCCUGGGCAUCAUCGCCACCACCUUCGUCAUCCUCACCUUCGUGCGCCACAACGACACGCCCAUCGUGCGGGCGGCGGGCCGCGAGAUGAGCUACGUGCUGCUGACGGGCAUCUUCCUGUGCUACGUCAUCACCUUCCCCAUGAUCGCCGCGCCCGACGUGGCGGUGUGCUCCUUCCGCCGCAUCUUCCUGGGCCUGGGCAUGUGCUUCAGCAACGCGGCGCUGCUCACCAAGACCAACCGCAUCCACCGCAUCUUCGAGCAGGGCAAGAAGGCGGUGACGGCGCCGCGCUUCAUCUCGCCCACCUCCCAGCUCUUCAUCACCUUCUUCCUCAUCUCCCUGCAGCUGCUGGGCGUGCUCGUCUGGUUCGCGGCCGACCCGCCCCACACCUUCGUGGACUUUGGGGAGCAGCGCACGCAGGACCCCGAGAGGGCGCGCGGCGUGCUCAAGUGCGACAUCUCGGACCUGUCGCUGAUCUGCUCGCUGGGCUACUCCAUCCUGCUGAUGGUCACGUGCACCGUGUACGCCAUCAAGACGCGCGGCGUGCCCGAGACCUUCAACGAGGCCAAGCCCAUCGGCUUCACCAUGUACACCACCUGCAUCAUCUGGCUGGCCUUCAUCCCCAUCUUCUUCGGGACGGCGCAGUCGGCGGAGAGGAUGUACAUCCAGACGGCCACCCUGACCGUGUCCCUCAGCCUGAGUGCGUCCGUCUCCCUGGGAAUGCUGUACAUGCCCAAGGUGUACACCAUCCUCCUCCACCCGGAGCUCAACGUGCCCAAGCGCAAGCGCAGCUUCAAGGCCAUCGUCACCGUGGCAACCAUGACCAGCAAGCUGUCGCAGCUCGCCGCCGAGAGGCCCAACGGGGAGGUGAAGACGGAGCUCUGUGAGGGGGUGGAGCCGACAGUGUCGUCCACCAAAACAACAUACGUCAGCUACACAAACCACGCCAUCUGAAGAGCGGCAGGGGGG